AUGACUUCGGUGCCACCUCCCGGAAACGACAUGGACCCCAUACACCUCACGGGCGCACAGGAAACGCUUCUCAUUACCCUGUACGGGAGAUGGCAAGACUUCUACUCGCCCAGGCCGCUCCUCGCCGAUCGCUGGUCCGCACAAGUCAUGGCACGAAUUCUGGACAAGGCAGCCGAAACACGCCAUCGGAUGAGGGGAGUGCUGUCGGGUCUCCCACUCAUGGUAUUGCGCGCCCGUCUCUUGGAUGAAUGGGCUGCCGAGUUCCUGGCCAACAACGAGCACGCAACCGUUGUCCAUCUUGCCUGCGGCCUUGAUGCGCGCGCCUUGCGACUACGUGACGGGUGCGGCGACGGCGUGAAAUGGAUCGACGUUGACUUUCCGGAUGUGAUUGACUUGCGGCGCCGCAUCGAGAUGCCAGAGCCGGCGUCCACCACCGACGGGUACACGUACGAAAUGGUCGCGUCCUCAGUCGUUGAAACCGAAUGGCUGGCCAAGUUGCCGACGGGAAACCCUACGCUCGUCAUCUUCGAAGGCCUGACCAUGUAUUUGUCGCCCGACGACGGCCAACUCUUGAUCAAGCGGCUGAUGGACCGGUUCGGCUCCGGCCAGAUGAUUUUCGACAGCAUGCCGAGAUCAACUCGAUUUUUACUAAAUGCCUUUCUUUGGCUUAAGGGAUGCUGGAAUUUUACCUUUGACUGGGCAAUCGACGACCCCGGAACCCUGCAGGAGUUGCACCCCGGGUUGGAGCUGUUGACCUUGGUUCGUAUAUGGGACAUGCCUGGCCAUGAGCGUUUGGCUUGGUGGAUGCGACUCGCGGCCUUUGUCGCUUCUUGGAUACCGAUUCUGAGGAGCCUGAUGCAAGUAACGAGGUUCCAAUUCCAAAUGAAAAGGUAA